AAGCACGACAGCGUGCGGACCGCAUACGCAGCUGCAGUGAGUCCGGUGCAGCGCUCGCGCACGUACGCGCAAUUUUACGCGCGGAGUAUUGAGAGUACGAGCGGAGAGUUACGCGCGCCGCGUGCACCUGUAAGAGGCGCCGUGUUCGAAGUUGCGAAAGUUGUGAUACCGCUGCGCGGAGAAUCUGCGUUUCAAUUGUUUGUGAUUGGUGUGAACGUGUUGGAGAACAUUUCACAAGUCGAUGCAAAGAAAAUAUAUCUCUUUUCCUCUUGGGAGGCAGAAACGAAGCUUAGAUUCUACGCAAUUUUUCUCUCCAAUUUUUCUUUUGACUUUGCGGGGUUAUUUUGCACGUUAUAGUAUCGUUCUAUGUGCUGUUUGCAGGUACCAGCGUGUGUCUGAUUUAGUUAAUAAUUGAAGUGUUUAAUGAUGUAACACUUUCCGUAUGGUUUAACGGCGCAUUUGCUGAUUAGCAUGAUUGAACGUCAUUGAACCGUUAGGUCAUGGCAACACACACCUUGACAUUUCAUGGUCGUACGCGAAGGUGAGAUUGAUCGAAAUCGAAAACAGUUGAUGAUACAAAGUGACAUUUAGUUUAUUUUCUUUUUUUGAGAUUUAAUGACCAUGACUACAAAGUUAUUUACCGGACAUAAGAAUUCCCCACUUCGAUACGGAAUACCCGCGAUAAGCAGAAUUUCUGCCGCGUAGAAGCAAGAGAUCGUAAUGCCUUGACUAAGCAAGAUUGUGGAAUAUAAGGCGCGGAAAUUUCGACGGUUAGCCGCGACAUUCUCGCCAUAUGCGAAUUUCGUUAGACGCUGGAGGCUCGCAAGAACUCGCAGAUGCCGAUGCGAGAUUCUCACGAUAAGGGAAAUUCGAUGGACGUGGGACACAUGAUCGCAAACGGCCGUGACAAUCAGCUCGCGAUAAACGUCAACGAUUUUGCGCGCAGCUUGUGACAAAUCAAACUUGUUUACCGAGAAGAGCCGUGUAACGUGGGAUUUUGUGCUUGAUAAUGAAGAAUAUUCACGAAAAUGACGCGGAAUAAAGUGCCAUAAAAAAAGUCACCUGAGAAGAUUAUUGUCGGAGCGAAGAAGAGAGAGGCUCUUACGCGAAGUCGUGAAGACACGUGACGUAAUAAAAUUAAUUACGUUGAAUGCGACGAAGUUUGUCGAACGACUGACACUACCAUCUUUUGCUCCGAGAGAUCUGAGGGAGAAUCGGCAUGAAAAUCAACAGCUUUUUCAUCGCUUGACGUGGAAGCAGGAAAUAUGGACGUCGUGACAACUAACGAUGCUCUUCCUGUGCGCGAUAAUAGAAGCGCACGUUUUCGAGACACGUUUUGCUUCACCGUUGCUCGCCGCGAUUCGAUCGUGACUUAGUAGCGUUUCUCGCAACGGGAUUCCGCGGGAGAGAGAAAGAAAAAGAAAAGAAUAGAGAGAGAAAGAGAACGCCAUACGAAGACCAUAGAACCGAGGUGUCAAUUCUCCAGGGGAUCGAAGUCGGGCAUCGUGAGGAAGUCUCGUUCUAUAUAUAACCGAGAUGAACGAGGUGAGGCACGUCUUGACAGCUCUGAGGUCUCCGGCAAAGAGCUCGACCUUGAGCAACGGCGCCUCAGGCGUCGCGACGACUACUUGGUACGACGUCCCAGCGCCGAUCAUCGUGCAUUGUCGCGAGUUCCACGAGGAGGCAGAACGUAAAGACGUAGAUGUCAAAAACGACAACGUGAUGAAGGAACGCAAAAAAUCGUCUGAAAAGAUUGCGAGCAUCAACUCCUUUGACAAGGGUGUGGAAGCUGAUUCCUUUGACAGGGAGAAAAAAGUCAAAUCCUUAAGAAGAGAUUCGAACGAAAGACACGAACGAUCUUUGGGAAAGGCGACACCAACUGGAAGACCUUCCUCCGACACCGAGGCGUUGUACCAGAACAACGUGGAGGCGGCCUUGAAUAGCUUGAGCAAAGUCUGCACCGAGUCUUCUAGGUUCAAAUCGAGCCCCGAGUCCUGCGCAAAUGACGGAAAUCGGAACGGGAAAAGACACAGCACUACGGUAGAGCUGAACGCCACCACGUCGGUGAAGACGGACGUGGACGGGAUACCAACGAUCAGCUUCAGUUUCCUGCGCACCGACGAAAAGUACCACGAAGACUCUGCUGAGGAGGUGGUUAUUCUCGAGGUGGACACAAGCGAUCAGCCUGACUCCUCGGCAAAUCAGCUGUACGACUUUCCCAAGAGCAGCGUUCUGGAUAACAGUCGAACUUCUUUGGAACAUACCGAUGACAAGGAGAUAAACGUGAAAUCUUCAUCGCCGGCGGUUCGCCAGGAGUUUUACGACGUGCCGAAGUCGAUGAAGGAGAUGUCCUUGAACGGAUCGCGAGAGAAGGACGCGCAAGUCCAUUCCUCGCGGCAGAACGUCAAGGAGGCCGCGAGUGUGAUCAUCUCGUCCAACCGAAGGAAUCGCGACCAGAUUAAACGUUCCACCAGGUCGCUCAAAUCCGGAAGAAGGAGCUACGGUGCGUCCGACAGCGACGGCUAUGACGCCGGCAUAGCGUCGAUGUCGGGAUCGUAUUCGGAUCCGGAGUGCCCGAACGAGGAAGCGGCGUUGUCGGUGAGCGGCGACUCGGGCCACAGCAAGCGGCUGAAGCUGCAGAAGCGGCGACUAGGAAAAGCCUGGGGCCGGAUGCGCAGCUGGUUGCGAGAGGAGAGGACCAAGAUCGGCGAGGUGGUGAACAGGCACGCGAGGUUGCAGGCAGUCGGCGCGCUCAGUCCCGAGGUGCAAAACGAUGCUGCUUCCAUGCGCACAUCCAAGUCCAAGCAACGCGGCUUCUACGACCUGACCCGAGCACGCAUCCAGGAGUCCGGUUCGAUCACCAGAGUAGAGGAGUUCGGUCUGUCAUCGGUAUCGGAGGAGGCAAACGUCUCCGACGAGGUGGACAGACCAGUGUCAGCAUCGCCGGAUUCAGGAAAGGCGUCAGCGAACGGCACGAGAUUACGCAGUAACCUGAGAAGGAAAACGGCCAGCUCGGACAAUAUCCUGGAGAACAGCAGAACGAGGCUUCAGCCGGUGUCUUUCAGCAUGGACAAAUUGUGUUCGGGCGUGGAGAAUGACGAUAUGGUGACAACGACGGUGCCAACGACAGUGGGGGCUGGCGGCGACGUCGACACGACGAGGGAUCACGGUGGGAAAGGUGGCCUGAUUAAGAGGAGAAUGCUCGGGUCAAUCAGGGGGUUAAUGGCCUCGACUCAUCUGCUGCAGACCUACGAGGCCGAAGAGGGAGGACAAGGCGGUUUCGAGGAUGUCCGAAGAUAUAUCAAACAAGGGGGUGAUUUCUGCAAGGAAUUGGCAUCCAUUCUUCAUGAAAGGGCUGAAUUGGAAGCCAAUUAUGCGAAAGGUCUCAGCAAACUCAGCAGCAAGCUGACAAAGGCUUGUGCUAAAGAUCAAGGUGGUAACAGCACCGGAGGUGUAAACGAGGCAUGGAGGUGUGUUGGCGAGGAGAUGGAGGCCGCCGCGGAAGCCCACCGGCUAUGGGGCAUCGCGCUGAGCGAGCAACUCGCCAAACCGCUCAGAGUGGGCGUAGCGGAGGCGCAGGGCCGAUCGAGGAAGGCAAUCGAGAACUCGGUGGAUAAGGCGUCCAAGUCGCUUCAGGAAUGGCGCGGAAUCGCGUCAAAGAGCAAGAAGCAGAGCUUCGCCAGCGCACGCGAGAACGAGAGGCUGCAGGAUCUAGCGCGGCUGCAGACCAUCAGUCAAACCCAACAGAGCAACAACAAGUUGUCAAAUCAUCACAUGACGGAGAAGGAGGCGAGCAAAUUGGAGACCAGGCGCAGGAAAGCGGAGGACUCAUCGCGCCGGGCGGACACGGAGUUCUAUACGGUGAGCGUGAGGGCUGAGAGGGCCAGGUUGGAGUACGAGAGCACAGUGAGGAAGGGCGCGAAGCAGAUGGAAUUGCUCGAGGAGGAGCGAUUGAGCGCCUUGAAGGACUUUGCCAAUGUCUACCUAGCGCACUUGCAGGCUCUCGCGCCGCGACUGCAGCAGAGCGCUGAUCGUUUGCUGACGCCUGUGCGCGGCUGCAAUGUAUCGCAGGACCUCGAGACUCUGAAAAAUCUCGUACGCCGAAUGGACAGUAAUGAUGUAACAAACGCGGAGCAGUUACUGCCGGACUUCUACGCCGAGCACGUCACGUUGGCGAUGAACCGCGAACGACGGAAGCAGGCGUUGGUGAGAGUGCUGCAUCUAAUAAGACAGGACCUGGAGCGAGAAAGGCGUGGUAGAGAGGGCUUGGAGACGUUGCACCGAGCUUUCAUCAAGACACCAGCGUUCGCUGCGGAUGAGAGCACCCAAAACGUAACGGACAAGUUGCAUCACAUGCGUUCGAUGUUGCUAUACUUGGAAGCGGCUAGAUAUAAGGUCGGUGGUACGCUCGCGGAAGUAGAGGGCAGUAAACGAGGCAAACAUCCCUUAUCGGAUCACAUCUUGGUCUCGAGGGAUAAACAAGGGCUGCAGCAGAGCGUUCUUAAGAUUCCUUCUUGGGCAAAGAACGAAUCAUUUGAGAUUCAGGACGGCGAUGAUGAGCUGGAGAUGCAUCUAGCGAAGGAUCAGGAUACCGAGACGCGCGAUUGGACCGAUCGGACGGCCGGCGACGGCAACUCGGAGAAUCCACCGGAUGAAGACGAUUUCAGCGACUUCGACGAGUUCAGCAGCCACUCGGAGGACAAUAACAAUCAGGAAGUUGAUGGCGUGGAAGUGGCAACGACCACGGCCGAGCACGCGGAGCAGUGUCGCGCGAUUUAUCAGUACUCUGCGAAUCUGAACGACGAGCUCAGCCUAAAUCCGGGCGAUUUGAUAACCGUCCAUCAGAAGCAGGCGGACGGCUGGUGGAUAGGAGAGUGCAGAGGCCGCACCGGUAUAUUCCCGGCCACAUACGUCCAAGUCAUACAUUAACAAUCGCGCGAACGACAUCAUCGAGCAUGCUUAUCGUGUUACACGUUAACGUUUAUGCAUUACGCGUAACGACGAUAAUUCUCUUACUAAAUGGCUUCUCAAUCUGGCGUCGCAUCAGGUAAGAGUAAAUUAUAAUGUGCCAAUAACUUUACGCGCAACGAAUAAUUUCACGCAUAUAAAUCAAGCGCAAAUAUCUCGACCAUAAAUUCGCUCGCUUAAAAAAACUGACUUGAGAAUUAAAACCAAAUAGUAGUUACCACCACACUCGCGAGACGCUCGACGAAAUAAUACCAAUCUCGGAGGGAAAUAUUUUAGUCGCAUCGUCAUCAUUUGCAUAACGUAUCUGCGCACACGCGCGCGCGCGCACGCGCACACACACACACACACACGUUUUUUGUAUAAUUUUUAUAUAUAUCGCUAUUCUUUAAUUAGUGCUCGUUUAUUUAUACCGUUGUGAGAGGGACCGAUCCCCACUUACACGACUGCGAGUGUAUUUUUAUGAUAAAUCUGACGCUGCAUAAUCGUAUUAAUUUUUAAAUGAGAUACUGUCUUAAAUUGAAACUACUAGCAGCACGGCAUCAUGUGAAUAUGCUUUUAUUAUAGUUGCUGUACUUAGUCUUUGCCAUAGUGAUUAUGUUUGUCUGUACUCCAAUUAUUUUAUUCCGAAGUUAUUCUGAUAAUUCUAAGUUCUUGAUAUGUGUCUCACAUCUCAUUUCUAAGAUCGAAAAAUUAUACCGAGUACUUGCUUAAUUUAUUAAAAACUUGAUGUACACACACGAAGAAUAAUCAAUAUUGGGAAUACAGCAAAUUGCAUUCGUGCAGGAUAAAACAUGUGCAAACAAACAUGGGAAAUUGUAUAUAUCAUAUAUGAUGCAAGCGUUUAACUGUAAAUAUCCAAAUACAAGCAAUUAUUUAAGUACACUAUUGUAAUAUUAUUGAGAACGCAUUUAUUUACAAAUAUAAUAAGCUGUCUA